GCGGGGUCCAAUGGGUGCCGGCUCCCGAGGAGAGGGCGGAGGAGAGGAGGAAGGAGGCGGACUCUGGGCCCCGGCCCCAUUCAUUGCCGCGGCCGGCCGGGCGAGGGUCCCGCGUUCUCGGAGUCAUGGAGGCGCUAAUUCCUGUUAUCAACAAGCUCCAGGACGUCUUCAACACGGUGGGCGCCGACAUCAUCCAGCUGCCUCAGAUCGUCGUGGUGGGGACGCAGAGCAGUGGAAAGAGCUCAGUGCUAGAAAGCCUAGUGGGGAGGGACCUGCUUCCCAGAGGCACUGGUAUUGUCACCCGGAGACCUCUCAUUCUGCAGCUAGUCCAUGUUUCACCCGAAGAUAAGCGAAAAACAACAGGAGAAGAAAAUGACCCUGCUACAUGGAAAAACUCAAGACACCUUUCUAAAGGGGUUGAAGCAGAAGAAUGGGGUAAAUUUCUUCACACCAAAAAUAAGCUUUACACGGAUUUUGAUGAAAUUCGACAAGAAAUUGAAAAUGAAACAGAAAGGAUUUCAGGAAAUAAUAAGGGAGUAAGCCCUGAGCCAAUUCAUCUUAAGAUUUUUUCACCCAAUGUUGUCAAUCUGACACUUGUGGAUUUGCCAGGAAUGACCAAGGUGCCUGUAGGUGAUCAACCUAAGGAUAUCGAGCUUCAAAUCAGAGAGCUCAUUCUUCGGUUCAUCAGUAAUCCAAAUUCCAUCAUCCUUGCUGUCACUGCUGCUAAUACAGAUAUGGCAACAUCAGAGGCACUUAAGAUUUCAAGAGAGGUAGAUCCAGAUGGUCGCAGAACCUUAGCUGUAAUCACUAAACUUGACCUCAUGGAUGCGGGUACUGAUGCCAUGGAUGUAUUGAUGGGAAGGGUUAUACCAGUCAAACUUGGAAUAAUUGGAGUAGUUAACAGGAGCCAACUAGACAUUAACAAUAAGAAGAGUGUAACUGAUUCAAUCCGUGAUGAAUAUGCUUUCCUUCAAAAGAAAUACCCAUCUCUGGCUAACAGAAAUGGAACAAAGUAUCUUGCUAGGACUUUAAACAGGUUACUGAUGCAUCACAUCAGAGAUUGCUUACCAGAGCUGAAAACCAGGAUAAAUGUUCUAGCUGCCCAGUAUCAGUCUCUCCUCAAUAGCUAUGGUGAGCCGGUCGAUGAUAAAAGUGCUACUCUGCUCCAGCUUAUCACCAAAUUCGCCACAGAAUAUUGUAACACUAUUGAAGGAACUGCAAAAUAUAUCGAAACUUCAGAGCUAUGCGGUGGUGCUAGGAUAUGUUAUAUUUUCCAUGAGACUUUUGGGCGAACUUUAGAAUCUGUUGACCCACUAGGUGGCCUUAACACCAUUGACAUUUUGACUGCCAUCAGAAAUGCUACUGGUCCUCGUCCUGCUUUGUUUGUGCCUGAAGUUUCAUUUGAGCUAUUGGUUAAGCGGCAAAUCAAACGUCUGGAAGAACCCAGCCUGCGUUGUGUGGAGCUGGUUCAUGAGGAAAUGCAAAGGAUUAUUCAGCACUGUAGCAAUUAUAGUACACAGGAAUUGUUGCGGUUUCCUAAACUUCAUGAUGCCAUAGUUGAAGUAGUGACUUGUCUUCUUCGUAAGCGGUUACCUGUUACAAAUGAAAUGGUCCAUAACUUAGUGGCGAUUGAAUUGGCUUAUAUCAACACAAAACAUCCAGACUUUGCUGAUGCAUGUGGGCUAAUGAACAAUAAUAUAGAGGAACAAAGGAGAAACAGGCUAGCAAGAGAAUUACCUUCAGCUGUAUCACGAGACAAGUCUUAUAAAGUUCCAAGUGCUUUGGCACCUGCCUCCCAGGAGCCCUCCCCUGCUGCUUCUGCUGAGGCUGAUGGCAAGUUAAUUCAGGACAGCAGAAGAGAAACUAAAAAUGUUGUGGCUGGUGGUGGUGGGGUUGGAGAUGGUGGUCAAGAACCAACAACAGGCAACUGGAGAGGAAUGCUGAAAACUUCCAAAGCUGAAGAGUUACUAGCUGAGGAAAAAUCAAAACCAAUUCCAAUUAUGCCAGCGAGUCCACAAAAAGGCCACGCUGUAAAUCUGCUGGAUGUGCCAGUGCCCGUUGCACGAAAACUAUCUGCCCGUGAACAGCGAGAUUGUGAGGUCAUUGAACGACUCAUCAAAUCAUAUUUUCUUAUAGUCAGAAAGAACAUUCAGGACAGUGUGCCAAAGGCAGUAAUGCAUUUUUUGGUUAAUCAUGUGAAAGAUACUCUUCAGAGUGAGUUAGUAGGACAGCUGUAUAAGUCAUCCUUAUUGGAUGAUCUUCUGACUGAAUCUGAGGACAUGGCACAGCGCAGGAAGGAAGCAGCUGACAUGCUAAAGGCAUUACAAGGAGCCAGUCAAAUAAUUGCGGAAAUCCGAGAGACUCAUCUUUGGUGAAGAGAAUUAUAUAUGAGACUUUGUUGACUCAAAAUUUGCUAGUUACUGCCUACUUGAGUAGAAUUUUAUUUAUGAACUGUGUAUUGCAAUGGUAUGAAUCUGCUCAUGUGAAGAGACUGGCUAUAAACUGAAAAUUUCACUCUGUAUUGCAGAACAAAUCAUACAUUUAUCCAAAUAAUAAAUGGCUGUUUCUAAAGUU